UUUCUGUUAAAGGCAUCAAUUAAGAGUUUGACGCUAUGAAUGUAGUUUUACGGACCCGUGCUGCCUUCAGGGUCCUAUUUCAGAUGUGGGAUUGCUGAUUCAUGAGUCCGAUGUGGUGAAAUGAAUGGACUGAGGAUGACCUAGUAACGCCGGUCCAGCCUAGUACUCUACGAGGUAAACACAGGCAUGAAUGAACCAAAAAAGGAGAUGAAGGAGGAGACAAAUCCGAGAUCUUCCCAUUUUCCUUGUUCCCUACAGGAUGGUUGUUGUGUUCUCACCCAUCCCUCGCGACUCUGACCCUCACCCCACCCCUUUUGUAAAAAAAAAAAAAAAAAAAAAACUACAGGAGGAGGAGGAGGGAGAAGAAAAAAAAUGAAGUCAAUUAUACAACACCGCGGCUCUCCACUGCUCCCUCCUCUCCCCAUCUCUCUGCAUUACUACUACAGCCGGUGGAUCCACAUGCGAGGCUCUCCGUGAACUUCAGCGGUCACACCGGCUCCAGAUCGCAGGCAUGUCGGCCGGUGGGUCCGAGGACACGGCGGGCACGGGAGAUCCGGCUGCAGAGGAAGAAAGUACAAGCCAUGCAGGCUCCUCUGCAGCAGCUGUCGAGCUGCCAAGGAAACGAAAGGGAGAUGUGGAGACGAGGUCAAAUAUCCGGGAGACCUUUGACAUCCAAAUGGAUGAUGAGCUCAGCAGAUCUGAAGGGGAAGACCAGCAGGUGAAAAUGAAGUGCUUUAGGGAGCCUCACCGCCAGAUUGAAAAGCGGCGGAGGGAUAAAAUGAACAACCUCAUUGAUGAACUGUCUGCAAUGAUCCCUGCAUGUCAGCCUAUGGCUCGAAAACUUGACAAACUCACUGUGCUGCGGAAGGCUGUGCAACAUCUGAAAGCCCUGAAAGCUGGGACGAGCAGCGCCUUCACCGACACCGCCUAUAAGCCUUCCAUCUUGCCUCAUGAUGAUCUCAGACACCUUCUACUCAGGGCUGCCGAGGGUUUCCUGUUGGUGGUCACCUGUGACAGAGCAAAGAUCCUCUUCAUCUCAGAGUCUGUCUCCAAAGUCCUCAACUUUAGCCGGUUGGAACUGACAGGGCAGAGCUUAUUUGAUUUCAUCCACCCCAAAGACAUCAACAAAGUGAAGGAACAGCUCUCGUCGACGGAGUUGUCCCCUCGCCAGCGCUUCAUAGAUGGUGCAAGUACAUCUGUCGCCAUGUCAGUUGCAGUUCAGCCACAGUCUGAUGUUCCUGUUAAGGCGUCCCACUUGUCCACUGGAGCUCGACGAUCCUUCUUUUGCCGUAUGAAGCACAGUCGUGUGGCUGUGAAACAGGACGAAAAGCCGCCAUUGCCCAGUAUGUCCAAAAGGAAAGAUACUUACAGAUACUGUACUCUCCACUGCACUGGAUACAUGCGGAGUUGGCUGAGCAGCCAGCUGGACUCGGAAGGUGACGCUGAGAAGGAGCCCUCGAACCUGACCUGCCUGGUGAUGGUGUGCCGCAUCCACCCCGCUGCAUCCCACCAGCCAUCCAAAGACAUCACCGUCAAGCCCACUGAAUUCACCACCCGCUGUUCGAUCGACGGCAAGUUCACUUUUGUAGACCAACAAGCUACGACGAUCAUCGGAUAUUUGCCACAGGAAGUUCUUGGCACCUCAUGUUAUGAGUACUUCCACCAAAAUGACCUGAUGCACCUCGCAGACAAGCACAGGCAAGUUCUUCAAAGCAAAGAGAAGGUUGACACAGAGUGCUACAAAUUCAAGACGAAAUAUGGCUACUAUGUUUCACUCCAAAGUCAGUGGUUUAGCUUCACAAAUCCAUGGACCAAAGAAAUUGAGUUUAUAGUGUCUUUAAACAGGCUUGUCUCGGGGCCUGGUCACACAAAAGAGGAAGAGGAGGCAGGCAGCUCAAAAGCACUUCAGGAAGACAGUAAACAGAUGCCCAUAAUUUCCGGCAUUUCCAGUGGUGUGGGCACAAUGAUCUACGCAGGCAGCAUAGGGACCCAAAUCGCAAAUGAGCUCAUUGACUCAUACAGAGUGAACUCCUCCCCAUCAAGCGGAGCUUCCAGUCCAUUUGGCCUACCCCAGGACAAAGGCCCUGUGGUUUCCCCACAAACCAGCAGGAGUGCGUCCAGUAGAGAGGAGGCAGCAGGUAGUUCACAGUCCCAGUCUGAGUCUAGCACGGCAGGGGGGGCUGCUGGUGCAUCAUCUGAGAGAACAGGAGAGCCAUCCCAGGUGGACAUGGACAACGUGGUUCCAGGUCUGAGCAGCUUCAGCAGUGAUGAGGCAGCCAUGGCGGUCCUCAUGAGCCUCCUAGAGACAGAUGUAACUAUGAGUCAGGUGGGGGCGUUGGAGGACCUGCAGUGGAGCCACACAGACUUUUAGCUCCUCUCACUAGCUCUUGUGCCAUUUCUUUCUCAUUCGCCGUGAACUCAGAUGUUCAGUUGGUCAUUCUGUGACCGUCUGAUUUGGCCUUGCACAACUGAACCCACUGGACUUAUACCAAAGGCCACAACGUGUCAGACUUGAAGAAAGUCUAAAACAUAGCAAAUAAUAGGAAAUUCUAUGACUGUGAUUGUCCUGUUGGACCCUGCAGCUCUUGCCUAAAGUGAGGUUAAUGUGUUCAUGGACCCUUUGGUGCGUCAGUGUCUUACUCAGUGACACAUCCUCAAGGGGAAUGAAAUCCAGAUUUUCCAAAACUGAAUGAUCACUCUUUUCACCCUGCAACCCUGCCACCCCAACCUCUGGAGGAGAGUUGGACUCCUGCCACGUGCAGCGCUGCUAAAGAAACAGGAAAAAAAUAUUCAACACAGUAUGUGAAAGCUUUUAGGGACCCAGUGAUGAUUAGAUGUUUUUCAUAACAUGGUAUGCUUGUUUCCUUUUUUAUUAUUUUUUACAAAUCCUCUCCAAACACACAAGUAUUCUGCUGAGUAACAUCUUGUCAGAUUAUUGAAAGUAAGUGAGAAUGAAAGCUCAAAAUCUCAGUCCUUUCACAAAUUCCACA